AGUAAUCUACGUCCUUUAUGCGCAGCUCCUCAAGGUUUUUGAAUUUUCUGAAUUCUGUAAGGAGAUUAAAACAACAUAGGAUCAUGUAUGAAUAUACUGGGGUAUCUGAACCGUCAGUCUAUGUGAGGCAAUGCAUGUUGUGCUGCCUUAGGGUAGUUUAGUACAUGUGUACAUGAACAUAAAUAAGUGGUUACAUUAGUGAGGCUUGUCUCAGUUCAGUGAAUCUAUCAGUAUGUUGUCAUGGAGCAGCAUACCAGCCAAUCUGCCUCUGUGAAUGGCGUUGUGUCUGCCAGUCCGAUCAGAAAGUCUGCAAACCAGGCCUGAUCCAUGACUGAGUACUACGAGGAGGGGGGGCUGCUGUACGAGCAGUCUUCCCCAAUGCACAUCAAAGUCGAGUCUCCAGAGGGACCCUUCGGAGGGGGUGUCUCAGAGGACGGCUUCCCCAAGGAGGAUGAUGAUUCUGAGGGUAGCUGUGAUCACACAGGAGGGCUCCCUGGAGGUCUCCCCUUCAACGUAGUGGUGGUGCAUCCCAACAUCAUGGCACCUGGAGUUUCAUCAAAUGAUCUCGUACCCAUUGAACAAAAUAGAGGUGUGUCUUCAGCACUUGCUGCUGGUGGUGCAGGGAAACGCAAGAGCCGUUUCAGUGGAGCUGAACUUGAGGUGCUGGUGUCGGAGGUCACCCGGUGCGAGGGUGAACUCUUUGGGCCAGCCGGAAGGCUCCGGCGGCGGGAGAGGGAGCGCAUCUGGGCCGGGAUCCUGGAGCGGGUCAACGCCGUUUCCAGGGUUCCACGCACUCUUCGUGAGGUCAAGAAACGCUGGGACGAUUUGAAAAGACGCAAUGGGGGAAGGCUUGCGGAUGCCAGGCAUCGUAGCUGUUACCUGCCAUCCAGUCGUGGUGCUGCUAUGCUUGGGAGGCCAUCCCAGCUGAGCCCACGGCUUCAGCAAGCCCGGCAGAAGCAAAGUUUUCGGGGGAAAGCCAGUUUCUCCUGCUUUUCUGAUGCUGAUGGUGUUGCUGGAGCGGAUGGUUCUGAGAGAGAUGGUUUUGACAAAGAGGAUGAGGCUGGUGAGCGAGAAGAAGUUGAAGGAGAAGGAGAAUGUGAUGGCGCUGAGAGCAGCAUGGAAGAUAAAUUGGGACUAGGCCUUGGGUUGGGUAUAGGACCACCUCCAACAUCAGAGCACUGGUUACCACCCUCUCCCCUUUACAGUGCUCCUUUCCUUAAUGGGACUCCUCAGCCAAGCCCAGAACCUUCUCUGGGUCCCCACCAGGGGCCAUUGGAGGCCCCUCCUCCACGUAGCUCAUGGUUAGAGGAUGAACUUAGGGGGUUGGGAGAAGCUGCAGUACAGCUAGGGGACCGUGUGGAGCAGAGUUUGAGGGAGUUUGGUGAGGGCUUCAGGCGGGACAUGCGGACACUGGUGGCCUCACAAGAGGCCCUUACAAUCAGCUUGCAGCAGAAUAACAUGCUUCUGCAAAGGCUGCUGGGACUUCUUGAGAUGCAGCAGCAACAACAACAACAACAACAGCAGCAGCAGCAGCAGCUUCCACAGCAACAGCAACCACAGCCACAACAGUCACCACAGCAACAGUUACCACAGCAACAGCAACAACCAGAACAGCAGCUGCCUCAACAACCGGAUCAACCACUCACAUCAGUCCCUUCCAUACCACCGCCACCAGACAUUCUGGAUGGUACCACUCAACACAGUCCCCCUACAGAAAUAAAUGAAACAGCUCAGCGACCUAGGCACGGAAGGACUGUUGACCAUCGACGAAGGCGAAGACGCUGAUCACGGAUCAGUAGACAAUAAUGACUUUGAUUCAGGUCACUUUAUUUAUUUCACUCUGUGUUCUACCAUUGGAUUUCAAACUGAUUGAUACUGUUAAGACUGUGCUUGCAGUCACAUCAUAUCUCUUGCCUGUUGCACUAUAAAUAUGUAUAACUGAUAAAGCUAUAAGAAUUAUAUUUAUCUACAUAAAUUCAUAAUUGACCCUCUGAAAAGUAAUGAUAAUUUUACAGGUUCUCUGUAUGCCCUGAACCAUGUCUGUCCAAAGUCAGCUGUUAAGCAAAUUAACCUAUAUAGCAUUUCAUGAUUCUCUUUAUGUGCAGACAUUUAUUGGCACUCUUAAAAGCAUUGCUCUUCAUUUAGGAAUAUCAAUAGAAACUGGUCUCAUGAUUGUUAGAGCUGUUAACAUUUGGUCAUAGUGUAAUCAUUAAAUUAGAUUACAGGUUCACAGGUUAUUCUGUUAACCAAUGCAUUUUAUUGUGCGAUGGUUUAUACACACAAUACAAUAUGGAGAGCACACAUUGGCCUGAGUGGACAGUAAGUGCAAAUGUGUUGUAUCAAAUGGAUGAAUCCACAUGCUUAGGAAAUUUUCCCAGAAUGAAAACAUGUUGCCUAUUUUUGGCAGUUAUAUACAUUGCUUAUUCUGAAAAGCACUUUCUUCAAAUUGCAGAUUGUUCUCUUCAUCUGAUCUGUCUACCAAAAGAGCACUUGCUGGUUAUAAUGUAUGCGCUAUUACCUUGCAUGCAGUUUCUGGUUCUAAGACAAAGGAUAGCAAGGCAUAUAAAGGUUUAAAAGGAUAAAGUCUUUCAGGAGAGUUUUUAAUUUGUACAUAAAGAAAAUAAAA